AUGGAGAAGAUCAAGAGCCUCCUUCACCCCCACGGCAGCGACAAAGACCGUGAGACUGCCGGCAAUGUCACCCACGACCACAGAGGCACCACUGGCACAGCUGCGCAGUCCAGCACAGGCACCUCUGGGACCACGUCUGCCGUCCAAGCAACACCCAUCUACAACCAGAUGACCGCACAUGGCAACUCGUCUGCCACGGCUGGCGAGACGCCCAGGUUCUCCAACACACCCAACGUCGGCGCCACCGCCCGCACGGGCACUGGCACAGACACAUCGUCUGGCCUUGCUGAGGACAGCCAUGCUGGCCAUGUCGGUACGGAUGGCCCAAUGGGCGGUGCUCGUGUAGCUGGCGCAUCGGGAAACCACACCAACCAGAUGGACAGCGCUCGACACAGCGACAGCCGCCCGCAUGUCAGUGGCGGCACCUACGACGGCAACAGCGAGGCAAGCAUCAAGUCUGGCGUCAUUGGCUUCACGCCUGGCAGUGGUGCGCAGGGCCACGCUGCUUUGCCUCCCAUCAACGCUGCUGAGGGCAAACUCGACCGCGACCAGCUUGUUGGUCAGGGAACCACCGACACAAACACGGGCGCGGGGCUCAGGAACGAGACCAUCCGUGAGCAGCCGAGCACGCUUCCUGUCUCAUCAAGCAGUGGCCAUCAUAGCACCUCAACUCCCCAGCCGCAUGAUUCCAGCCGCACCACGCAUACAGAUCGCUCCUUUCCCCUGGCUGGCGGCGUCACAUCAGGACACCAUGAUCACAGCUCAACCACGCACACCUUGAACACGAACGAGCGAGAGCCGGGCACCAAGGAGCGCCAACUUGCAGGCAACGACCUGCACGGGCGUGAAGGCCUAGCUGGCGCGGCUGCGGCGGCUGCGGGCACAGCCGCCGCUACUCACGGCCACGGCAGCACGAGCUCUGCUUCCCCACGAGGUACCUUCACCCACCAGGUCGGAUCGCCCACCGCUCAUUCGCACAUGACUUCGAGUGUCCCAGAGCACAACAUUCACCCUGACGCCCUGCAUGCCGCAGGUGCUCGUCCUCUGAACGAGUCCAGCUCACCCGAACAUGGCCCGCCUUAUGAGGCGCCUCACCUCAACACCGGCACCCUUCUCGACUACGAGAAAGCGUUUGGCAGCGAUCCUCACACCCAGCACACCGGACUGCUAUCCUACCGCCCUCAGGCACAGAGGACAGGCACCAGCCCACAUAUUCCUGGUGAAUUCCCUGGUGCAACUCCCCCGAACGAGCGAUCUACACCUAUUCUUGGUGGCCCCGGUACGUCCUCCACGGGGACUGGUCCCUCCACUUCCCACCAACUUCGUCAUCCUGGAUCCCUCAACGACCCUUCAUCGCGUUCAGCCGAAUCAUCAUCUGGUCACCAUCUUGGACGCGACGCUGCCAUCGCUGGUGGUGUAGGCGCGGCAGGUCUGGGUGCCGCCGCCCACCACCCACACGAGGCCCCGACUUCUGGGAGUGGCAACCUAUAUGAUGACAAGAACCCCUACAGCUCCAAGGCGCUUGACCCGCGCGUUACUGGCGGAGACUCUCGCUUGAACGAACAGAGGUUGGAUCCCUCAAGCACCUCGUCCACAUCCAGCUCUCAGCCUAUCUCGGGUUCAUCUGCACCUGUUCCACCCCCCAAGGCGGAAGAGAGACAGCACCAUUAUGGCCGUGAUGCUGCCAUUGGUGGAGGUGCUCUUGGUGCCGGCGCUCUCGCUGGCAGCGCCCUCUCUGGCAGUGCCCUCUCUGGCAGUGCCCUCUCUGGUGACAGACACCACGAGCCCAGCACUCAGCAGGCCUCGUCUCUGCCUACCACCCAGCACUCAUCGGGUACUACCAACCCAGCCUCGUUCGGCACCACUGGCGCACCUGCUCCUCGUUACGAAAACACCACCUUGACUUCGCAACAGUCGCCUUCAGCCUCCACAGCGGCCUACAGCCAGUCCCAGCCGCAGCAUCACCAUGAACGUGAUGCUGGCCCCGCUGGAGGUGCCGGAGCCGCAGGAUAUGGUGUCUACGAAGUGGCCAAGGCCUACGGUGACCACCGCAGCACCCAGCCCGGAGCCGCGAUGCAGGAACAGCGCUACGACCCCACUGCAACUGGCGCUCGUGCUCCCAACCCGGUCCCUGCUACCUCAGAGUACAACUACCACAACCCUGAUGUUGCUGCUCUCGCAAGUGCCACUGGUGCUGGUGCUCCCGGCCACCACAGCUCUCAGCAUGGCCAGACUCAGCAACCCUACACGACGGCUCAAAUGGCUCAGCAGGCUCAAGGCUACAAGUCUCCUGAGAUCACCGACAACGACUUGGGUCCUAAAGAUCACAGCUCCCGCAAUGCUGCUCUUGGUGCUGGAGCUGGCUUGGCUGGCACCGCCGCUGCAGGUCACGCGAUUUCACACCACGACAACACCACCCGCACUCCUGCAUCGGCUACUCAGCCCGGCUCAUCCUCGUUGCCCCAGCCAACCGGCUCCCUCACGCAGGGGCAGCAGUACCCUCACAACACUGAUCCUACCCAGUUCAAUGACAAGCGCGACGCCGCUUUGCUUGGAGGUGCUGGUGCCGCGGCUGGUGCUGGCGCGGGAUACGCCUACGGCCAACGCACGCAGCCGCAAUUCGAUCCCAAGCAGCAGGAGAGGCUCGACAAGGAGACAGCGAAGCACCAGCACGACCUUGAGAAGGAGCAUGAGAAGGAUCUCAAGAAGCACGAGAAGGAUCUCAAGAAGCACGAGAAGGAGGCUGCUCAUCACGACGACUCUGAGAAGAAGGGUGGUCUCUUGGGCUUCCUGCACCGCGACAAGUCCAAGAAGGAUCCCAGCCCAGAGUCUUCUCCCCGUCGCACUGAGGACCACCACUACGGCCGAGACGCCACUGUUGCAGGUGGCGUAGGUGCUGGCGCUGCUGGCCUUGCCGAGCAUGAGCGUGAAGAUCAGUUCGGUCACGGCAGCGGUUACAAGGGCAAGAACCUUCUGCACAAGGAUCCUCCUGUGGGUCACCCGGCGCGCGAGGCUCUCGAGGCCGGCCACGCCAACGACCGCGUUGGAACGGAUGGACUCAUUGGCGCAAGUGGCAGCGGAACCACUGGCCGCACAGAUGAGCAUCACUACGGUCGCGAUGCUGCCCUCGGCGGCGGUGCCCUUGGUGCCGGCGGUCUUGCCGCCCAUGAGCUCCACGACAAACGCACCGACCCCACCCACACUACCGUUGGCCACACCGACACCGGUCUUGCUGGCUCUCAGCAGGCCACUAUUCCCGGCAACACCACGUCUGGAUCAGUGAUGGAAAACCGCGAGCAGCACACUCCUGCCCACCACGCCUUCACUGGCGGCAAGCGCGAGCACAUUGGCAUUGAUGGACCCAUUGGCGACCCCAACAUGAUCUCUGGCGACCGCCAAACUCAAAAGGGAGUCUACGGCGCCCACCCCGUCGAGGACCUAGCCAAAGACCACAUCGUCAUCGAGCCAUACACGGGCCUGCCUAUGAACGUCGGCCGCUACGGCGACGGCGCUGGCGGCACAGACGGCGGACCCAUUGGCCACCACCACCACGAGACAGUCUCCGGACAGGUGCAGCCCGGCACUGCGGACACGCAGCAUGCGACGACCAACUGGGAGGAGAUUGCGAAGAAGAACACCAUCUACUAG